GAAAUGGCGGGGGCAGUGUCAGGGUAGAAGGACUCCGUCUGAGAAGCCCGAUUCGAGGUCUUCAGGGGCGGUUUGUCCUGUCGAAGGGUCAUUCCGCUGUGGCUCCCAAAUUUUGCUUCCGAGGCUGGCCUGGCUGAGGGCUCAGCGCGCCCGGCCCCACCCUCCAGAACCCCCCAACCGGAGCCUCAUUCUUUUUCCUGCGAAACACCCGAUGCUGCCUGAGGCUUGGACCCAACCUGAGGGACCACAUCUGAGAAAACCCUGCCUGUGUCUGCAGUAUCCGCUUGAAUUCCUCAGGUUGUUCAGGAAUGGAGAAUCUCCAGCAGUGUUAAAUAUAUUACCAUCAACUUAGGAGAUGGCUGCUUUGCAAAGGAAAGGGCUUCAGGCAAGGAUUCUCAGCUCUGAAGAAGAGGAGAAACUGACAAGAGACCAAGCUUUAGUGUCUGCUUAUAAACAGCAAAAACUGGAAAAAGAGGCUCAGAAGAACUGGCACCUUUUUUACAAAAGAAAUAGCACUAAUUUCUUCAAAGAUAGACACUGGACCACCAGAGAGUUUGAGGAGCUCAGAUCAUGUAGAGAGUUUGAAGAUCAAAAAUUGACUAUGCUUGAAGCUGGUUGUGGGGUUGGGAACUGUUUAUUCCCGCUUUUAGAAGAUCCGAAUAUCUUUGCCUAUGCCUGUGAUUUUUCUCCAAGAGCAGUUGAAUAUGUCAAGCAAAAUCCUUUAUAUGACACAGAACGAUGCAAGGUAUUCCAGUGUGAUCUGACUAAAGAUGACCUUCUGGAACACGUGCCCCCGGAGUCUGUGGAUGUUGUCAUGUUGAUAUUUGUGCUCUCUACGGUUCACCCUGAUAAAAUGCACCUUGUCUUACAAAACAUUUACAAGGUAUUAAAACCAGGCAAAAGUGUCUUGUUUCGCGACUAUGGGCUGUAUGAUCAUGCCAUGCUUAGGUUUAAAGCCGGCAGCAAACUUGCAGAAAACUUUUAUGUUAGACAAGAUGGAACCAGAUCGUAUUUUUUCACUGAUGAAUUCCUGGCACGGCUCUUUAUGGACACAGGUUACGAAGAAGAGGUGAACGAGUAUGUGUUUCGUGAGACGGUGAAUAAAAAAGAAGGCCUGUGUGUACCGAGGGUUUUCCUUCAGAGCAAGUUCCGAAAGUCUCUGAAGAACCCAACUCCUGUGACCCCGCGCCUGGGCCACGAGUCCUGACCUUUCACGAAGUUGAUGUCUGUGCCUCCCCUUGAAGAGGAAAGUUUAAAGUCACUAUUUUGUGUACUUUUAUAUUUUAACUUUUUAAAAUGAAUAUAUAUACUUUUUAUAUUAAAAGGUAGCAAGUG